CGGGGCCUGCGCACUGCCGGGGCUGGGCCGCUCCGGGCCGCGCCGUGCUGCUGCUACUGCUGCCGGCCGCGGGGGCACAGGGGCCGCGGAUGGAGGCGCCGCCGACCCCGCUGGAGUCGGCCCGGUUCAUCGCGGACCGCAGCCGGGACGUGUCGGUGUCCGAGGAGGGGGCGCGGAGGGUGGCGGAGGCCCUGUUCGACAAGGUGCCCUCGGCCGCCUUUAGCCUGGCGGGCUGGAAGGAGCUGCACGAGCUGAACCCCCGCGCCGCCAGCGAGGAGGCGGUGAGCUGGGUGUUCCUGGUGGACACCCUCAACUUCUCCUUCUGGCCCGAGCGGGACGACCAGAAGUGCCUGGUGAAGUACAAGGGCACGGCCUACAGCGGGUACUGGGCGCUCUGCGCCGCCGUCAACAGGGCGCUGGACGAGGGAAUACCUAUUACCAGCGCCUCGUAUUAUGCCACCAUGACACUUGACCAAGUCAGACAAGUAUUGCGCUCUGACACAGAAGUGCCCAUGCCUUUGAUCGAAGAGAGGCACCGGGUGCUGAAUGAAAGCGGAACGGUUCUUCUGGAGAAGUUUGGAGGCUCUUUCCUCACCUGUGUUAAAAUGAGUGAGAACAGCGCCCAGAAACUGCUACGCCUAGUGGUGGAAAACUUUCCUUCUUACAGAGAUGAGGCCGUAUUUGAGGAGAAAAAGGUUUCUUUCUACAAACGGGCACAAAUACUUGUGGCUGAUACAUGGAGUGUACUGGAAGGCAAGGGAGAUGGCUUUUUUGGUGACAUUUCUAGUCUGACUAUAUUUGCUGACUACAGAAUUCCUCAAGUUCUUGUUCACUUAAAAGCAAUGAAGUAUUCUGAAGAGCUAAUGAAGAAACUACGCGAAGCAGGAACCGUUUUCCAGUCUGGAGAUAAAGAGGAGGUGGAGAUCCGUGGUUGUUCAAUUUGGUGUUGUGCACUGAUUUGUAAGCACCUGCUGGAGCUCUACGAGAAGAAGGGCCAAGACAUGCGCGACCAGAUCAACGCGGUUUUACUCGAUUACUAUCUUUGGGACUAUGCCAGGGAUCACAGGGAAGAGAUGAAAGAUAUUCCAUUUCAUCGUGUACGGUGUAUAUAUUAUUGAGUCCUGUCUGGUAUCUGUUACAGCUACUUUUCUGAUACAGUGGUUUCUCACAUACUUGUAGCUUGUAGCUUGUUAAAUCAAACAAACUUGUAGCUUGUUAAAUCAAACAGACGCUCACUUUCUGAUGUUACAUUACCACCUUACGUAUUUUUUUCUGGAUCUUUCUCUAGCUGUGCCUGGAGCUGAUAGUGUAAAAUCAUGCUGGAAAAAUCUAUAUUAAUACAGGUUUUACUACUUCGGCGUUGA